AUGAAAACACGCGGAUCUCUUUUUCUUGGGUCGGGACCCGAUUUUCAGUGAAAGAACGAGGUUUUCGUUCAGGCUCGCCGGCAACUCUCUACCGCAAAUCCAACCAUCACCCUCCCUCAUCCGGCACCCUCUGCAGUGCGCCCCUUCUUCGUUCUUCUCCGAAUGAAAUACUCACAGGCCUCUUCAUCCACUCAAAGCAGAGCUCUCUUUUAGACUCCCUCAAACCCUAGAUAGAUCUCCAUCCGAUAGCCAUCCUCCCUCCUCCAACAUAGGAUUCAUGGAUCUAUUUUGUGCAAGGUGGCGAGUAUACAUGGAUGAAGAAGAGUUUGGAUUCUCAAGAAAUUACUUUCUGGCUAAAGAGUUGGGCGGUUCCAGGAAGAAAUCUACCCAGAAAAUCUCCGAUAUCAAUGUUGUCGAUGAACAGGAACUAAGAGCAGCUACAGCAAAUAUUGAACCCAAGCAUGAGAAGGAGAUUGAAGCUUUGAUCAAUGGUUACAAAAGCCUAUACCCUAAGUGGGUUUUUGAGCUUAGGUGUGGUUUUGGCCUUUUGAUGUAUGGGUUUGGAUCAAAGAAGUCACUGAUUGAAGAUUUUGCUUCAGCAGCUUUGACUGAGUAUUCUGUAGUUGUCAUCAAUGGAUAUCUUCAGUCAAUUAAUAUAAAACAGGUUGUGAUAGCCUUGGCUGAGCUUCUAUGGGAUCAGUUGAAAGCAAAACGAAGAAAUGCGUCAGGGACCUUGCCUAAAGAUCAACAACCAUUUAAUGCCCGAUCUAUGGAUGAUCUUCUGGCAUUUUUGAAUGGGUCAGAAGUGGAUGAGAAGGAUUGUGUCAUAUGCCUUGUUGUUCACAACAUUGAUGGGCCUGGUUUAAGGGACUCUGAAACUCAGCAGUAUCUUGCACAGCUUGCUUCUUGUUCCCAUAUUCGUAUUGUUGCCUCUGUUGACCAUGUGAAUGCCCCUCUGUUGUGGGACAAGAAGAUGGUUCAUACACAGUUUAACUGGUAUUGGUAUCAUGUUCCUACGUUUGCACCAUACAAGGUUGAAGGGCUCUUCUUCCCUCUGAUUCUCGCACAUGGCAAUACUGCCCAGAGUGCCAAAACAGCAGCAAUUGUUUUACAGAGUCUAACACCCAAUGCACAGGGUGUCUUCAAAAUUCUUGCAGAAUAUCAACUGUCCCAUCCUGAUGAAGAAGGGAUGCCAAUUGAUGAACUCUACACCAUUUCUCGAGAACGCUUCCUGGUGAGCAGCCAGGUGACACUGAACUCUCAUUUGACUGAGUUCAAAGAUCAUGAACUAGUUAAGACCAGAAGGCAUUCCGAUGGCCAAGAUUGCUUGUACAUUCCUCUUGCAACUGAUGCAUUGGAAAAGUUAUUGACUGAGAUCAGCUAAUAGUGACUACUUUUUGGUCCUCUGACCAGCCUCCGCACAUGGAUGGUUUAAUCCUCAUCCAUGAGGAACACAAAACAAAAAGAAUGUGAUUAGAGACGAGUGCAUAACUGCCUCAAGUCGCACUAAUAUUUAUCUUAAUUGGAACUCACAUGACUUGGUGUCUUUCUGAGGUGAAAUGAGGUAUUGGCAGCUUAUGUACGCUCCUUGUACGGAGUGUUUGUUCGUACCUUUUUUUUUUCCCCCAUUAUCACAACUUGUGGUGUGUGAUGAUUCAUGUUCAUGUUUCAGUUAUUUGUGACUCACUCAGAGACACCCAGCUGCUGCUUUUCUCUCCAUUAGUAGUGCUUUCACACAAUGGGAUUUUUUCCACUUGCAUUCUACAUUCAAUCUUUUCUACCUUCUUUAUUGAGAUUAACAAAUGAUAAAGGGGACC